AUGAUUGCCCUCGAUAACAGAAAGGCGGCUGAGGCGGCGAUUGCGGACACCGACCAGUCUUCCCUCAAAGCCGCCACCAGGGCUUGUACCCGCGCUGAAACCGCCACCGAUUUAACACCGGGUUCCAAUUCUCCUUCCCAGCUGCCUCCGGUCACCUCGCUAGAUUCUGAAGCUGAAAGUGUGACCAAGGUGGACGGUCGGCAUCCGAAAAAGAAUCGAAUCGCGACGCCCGCGACCACGGCCGGCAGUAUGGAUUCGGAUGAUGAUUUCAUGAGCGAUGUCUCGAGUCAAGAUGCUUUUCACACGCAGGGUAGUGACGAUGAAAGCUUAGGAGAAGAUUUUGGGGAUUUGGAUACUGGCUUCUCAGACGACAAGGACCUCCUGAAGCAAAAGCGCAAACCUUACGAGGUCAGAUUCGACGUUUUGGCUCCCGCCGACAUCGAGCGUGAACAGACAGUGCAAGUCCACGAAGUCUCCACGAUUCUGGGCCUGCCACCAGAGAUUGCUGCCAUUCUUCUUCGGUUUUCACGAUGGCGGAAAGAAAAACUGAUAGAGGAUUACAUGGAUCACGAACAGAGGACGCUUGAAGAGGCUGGCCUGGAUAAUGACGGUGAUGAAACAGCUAGGACAAAGAUCAUUCCGGGCUUCAUGUGCGACAUCUGUUGCAAUGAUGGAGACGACAUGGAAACGUAUGCCAUGCGCUGUGGUCAUCGCUUUUGUGUGGACUGUUACCGGCAAUACUUGGCACAAAAAAUCAAGUCCGAAGGCGAAGCUGCUCGGAUACAGUGUCCCGGCGACAAGUGCCAUCGUAUAGUGGAUUCCAAAUCACUGGAUCUGUUGGUGACUGACGAUUUGAAGGAACGCUACCGUGCCCUUCUCACUCGGACAUACGUGGACGACAAAGACAACCUUCGAUGGUGCCCGGCUCCUGAAUGUAUCUAUGCGGUCGACUGUGCGGUGAAGACUCGGGAUCUUCGGCGGAUCGUACCUACCGUACAAUGUCGUUGCGGACACGAGUUUUGCUUUGGCUGUUCGCUGAAUGACCACCAGCCCGCUCCAUGCACUUUGGUCAAGAUGUGGUUGCAGAAGUGUGAGGACGAUUCCGAAACCGCGAACUGGAUCUCCGCCAACACCAAGGAAUGCCCCAAGUGCCAGUCUACCAUUGAGAAAAAUGGUGGCUGCAACCACAUGACCUGUCGCAAGUGCCGACACGAGUUCUGCUGGAUGUGCAUGGGGUUGUGGUCUGAGCACGGGACCAGCUGGUAUAACUGCAAUCGAUACGAGGAAAAGUCGGGUUCCGAAGCCCGCGGUGCGCAAGCCAAGUCUCGAGCCUCGUUAGAACGCUACCUGCAUUACUACAAUCGCUACGCGAACCACGAGCAGUCUGCCAAGCUAGACAAGGAUCUUUACCUUAAGACGGAGAAGAAAAUGACCAGCUUGCAAUCCGCAUCGGGUCUCUCAUGGAUUGAAGUGCAGUUCCUUGAUACCGCUUCUCAAGCUCUCCAGCAGUGCCGUCAAACUCUCAAGUGGACAUAUGCCUUUGCCUAUUAUCUGGCGCGUAACAACCUUACGGAGAUCUUUGAGGACAACCAGAAAGAUCUGGAGAUGGCCGUCGAGAGCCUGAGUGAGAUGUUUGAGAAGCCGGUGUCUGAGUUGGCUCAGCUCAAAGUGGAUAUCCUCGACAAGACGGCAUAUUGUAACAAGCGUCGGGUCAUUCUCCUGAGCGACACUGCCGAGAAUCUGAAGAAUGAAGUGUGGACGUUCAACGUUGAGUGGUAG